AUGUACGUGAAAGCUGAGCCAACGACAGAUGUGAAUAGGAACACGGAGUGGUUCACAUAUCCAGGAGUUUGGACCACUUAUAUGCUCAUUGUUUUCAUGUCUUGGCUUCUUGUUCUUUCCAUUUUUGGUUGCUCUUCUGGGAUGGCUUGGACUAUUGUCCAUCUUUGUCAUUUCGUUGUUACAUAUCACUUUUUUCACUGGAAGAAGGGAACUCCAUUUGCUGAUGACCAGGGUAUCUACAAUGGAUUGACUUGGUGGGAGCAAAUAGAAAAUGGCAAGCAACUCACACGCAACAGGAAGUUUCUGACCGUUGUACCUGUAGUGCUGUAUUUGAUAGCCUCGCAUACAACAGACUAUCAAAAUCCAAUGCUCUUCUUCAACACGUUGGCUGUAUUUGUGCUGGUUGUUGCUAAGUUCCCAAACAUGCACAAGGUUCGCAUAUUUGGAAUCAACGCUGAUCAUUGA